AUGUCUUCGGUUCUGAUUGUGGGUGCUACGAGGGGCCUGGGGGCAAGCCUGGCCAAGCAGUACGCCGCCCGUGCCGGCGCCGCCGUGUACGGCACGACGCGGUCCCAGAGCGUGCCCCCUGGCUUCCCCCCGCAGGUCAAAUGGCUGCCCGGCAUCGACCUCAUGGACGCGGGCGUGGGCGAAGCUCUCGUCAAGCAGCUGGGCGACGCGAAGCCGCUGUCUGCCGUUAUCAUCACGGCGGGCCACUUCACGACCGAGGACCUGACGGCCGACAAGGGCCCCAACUGGGAGGAGGAGCAGCGCAUGUACACGACCAGCUCCAUCGCGCCCGUCUUCAUCGUGCACCGGCUCGUGGGUGCGGGGCUCGUGCACAGCGGCUCGCGCAUCGUCCUGGUGUCGUCCGAGGCCGGCAGCAUCGCCCUGCGGCACGCCAAGGAAGGCGGCGGCAACUACGCGCACCACGCCAGCAAGGCGGCGCUCAACAUGGUGGGCAAGCUGCUCAGCCUGGACCUCGGGGACAAGGGCGUCGUCGUCAGCAUCGUGCACCCGGGGUUCAUGCGCACCGACAUGACCAGGGGGGUCGGCUUUGAUCAGUACUGGGACGCAGGCGGAGCGGUCACCCCCGACGAGGCGGCGACGAGCUUGAUGGCGUGGACCGACGAGCUGGACAUGUCCAAGACCGGCGAGUACUGGGCUCCCAGGGGGCCAGGCGAUAUUGGGACGGCGGAGGCGGUUCUCGGACAGGGACUUGGCACUCCGCUGCAUUUACCUUGGUGA